AUGAAUGCUGCAGCUGAGGCUGAUCACAGAGCUAUAGGCUCGGCACAAGAGUUAUUCAUCAUUCACGACGCUUCGCCUGGAACGCCCUUUGUCCUACCGAAUGGCACUCGCUUGAUAAGAAAAGUGGAGAGGGUCAUCAGAGACCUGUAUGCAUUGUGGGGCUAUGAUGAGAUCAUCACGCCUCAGCUCAUGCGCAAAAGCCUCUGGCAACGGUCUGGACACUGGGACAACUAUAGGGCCGACAUGUUUGGCGUGCAGGGCUUCGUCGAUGUUGACAUGGUUGAGCGCGAGGGCGCUGCACACACUUCAGCGCCAAACACCAGCGCGACGCUUGUCGAAGAUAGGGCUUGCUGCGCUGCUCAUGAUCAGCCUAAAGCAGCCUCGACCUUGUCAGAUGCCCAGCAUUUUGGACUGAAGCCCAUGAAUUGUCCGGGUCACUGCCUUGUCUUUGCUUCGAAGGAACGAUCGUAUCGCGAUCUGCCGAUCAGGUAUGCAGAAUUUAGCCCUCUUCACCGAAACGAAUCUUCAGGCUCUCUGUCUGGACUGACGCGUGUCCGACGCUUCCACCAGGACGAUGCGCACGUGUUCUGUUCGCUGGCGCAAGUCUCUGAAGAAAUCACUUCGAUGCUGGCAAUGCUCUCUUCGGCUUACAGAACCUUCGGCUUCGAGGGCAAGUUCGAGCUCGUCCUAUCCACCAGACCUGCAAGCUUCAUAGGCAGCAUCGAGGAGUGGGACCGGGCAGAAGCGGCCUUGGAAGAAGCGUUGAAUGCGUCGGGCCAGAAGUGGAGCUUGAACGAAGCGGACGGAGCUUUCUACGGGCCCAAGAUAGAUGUCAGGCUGGUGGAUGCUUCUGGCCGUCGACAUCAGACAGCCACGAUUCAACUAGAUUUUCAAUUGCCUCGUCGAUUUGAAUUGAAGUACACCGAUCCGAAUGCGCUCGACGGUAGCGGCCAGUCGACCCCUGUGAUGAUCCAUCGAGCCAUACUGGGGAGCGUGGAGAGAUUCUUGGCGAUCUUGAUAGAGCAAGGCAAAGGUCAUUGGCCCUUCUGGAUCAAUCCUAGACAAGGUAUGGUCCUUCCUGUCAAGCCGGACGACUCUGCACAGCUGGCUCACGCCGAGCUGGUCAAGAAAGAAAUGGCUUUGGGACACGCCCACGCGCAGGAGGACAAGAAUAUGGGAGUGGGCCUGGACAGGCCUUUACCGCCUAGAUCGAUCCAGGUGUUUCACGUUGAUCUGGACGCAACCAACGCCAGGUAUCCUAAACGAGUCGCUAAGGCGCGAGCCGCGCGCUUCAACUUUGUGCUCACGGUCGGCGAUCGAGAAGUGAGGAAUAAGACGGUGAACGUGACGGCUUAUGGUCCUGGAGUGACUGCAACUGCGACAGGAAAAGUGCCGGGCGGCGAGGCGAGCGAUGCGGAGCGAUUACAAGACAUUUUGGACUCGCUGCAGGCUGGCAAGAGACCAAACAUCUCAAAUGACUUGGGCGAAUGGAACACGAAGAAUCUGAGGAAGUUAUUCGAGGCGCUCGACUCGUACCACUGUUGA